AUGCAACGCGACGAUGGCUUUGUCUACUGUUACGGAAACUUGUACAGCCUCCUGCUCUACUGGGGAUUGACCACAAUCCGGGUGAGGAGUCCUGGUCGUGGAGGAGCGGUCUCAAACAGGUGGACUGUGUGCUAUGCCCAGUUCGCGCGCUGCUUUAUGAUUGUCUGCUUUAUGGCUAGCGUGAUGACAAAGCUCAGGGAUCCCGAGAUGUUCGCUGUCAUGUUUGGACACCUCAGCCCGGUGGUCAAGGGGAUUUUCACCUGGGAGUGCCUCAGCUGCUCAAUCACCUACACAGAGUACUGCCUUUCGCUGGACUUGCAUAGGGAGAGACACAUGCAACUCCUAGCUAAAAUGCAAGAGUUUGAUCAGUCCAUUUUAGUGGUGUUCCCUCACGUACAGUGGAACUAUCAACGCGCACGACUCAAAUAUUGGUAUGGCACUAUGAUUGUCGGCUUUUGCUUUCUCGCCUUUUCCAUCUCACUGAUCUUUGAUACAACGCGUUGCACCUGCGGCAUACCGUCCACCGUGCUGUUGGCCUUCACCUACUCCCUGCUGACCAGUUCCGUAGGAUUGCUGGGUUUCGUGCACAUAGGUAUCAUGGACUUUCUAAGAGUUCGUUUGCGUCUGGUGCAGCAGCUACUUCACCAACUUUACCAAGCGGAUGAAAGUCCAGAGGUCCGCGACAGGAUUGCUUAUCUUUUCGGCAUAUCCAAACACUGUUCGUUUCUCCUGGCGGAGCUGAAUGGAGUUUUUGGAUUCGCCGCAGCUGCUGGUAUCUUCUACGAUUUCACUAUCAUGACCUGCUUCGUCUACGUCAUCUGCCAAAAGCUGCUGGGGCGAGAGCCCUGGGACCUGGAGUACGCCUGCAUGUUGCUGCACGUGGCCAUGCACACCUACAAAGUGGUCGUCACUGGCACCUAUGGGUAUUUACUUCAGCGAGAGAAACGCAACUGUAUGCAUUUGUUAAGCCAAUACUCGCAACACUUCUCCGACCAGGAUGUGGCCCGCCGGCAGACGGAGGACUUUCAGCAUUGGCGCAUGCACAAUCGGCAGGGGGCAAUGGUGGGCAGCACAAUAUUACUCAAUACUUCUACCAUCUACGUGGUGGGUGAUACCUUGACCACCGGACAACCGUGCUUUUCUGAUCUUUUACUUAUUCUGGCAGGUGUACAACGCCAUGGCCAACUACGUGAUUAUCCUGGUGCAGCUGCUGUUUCAACAACAGCAAAUCAAGGAUCGCCAGUUGACAUCGGGCAAAGAUGUGGACAUUGUGGGCCCAAUGGGACCAAUUACUCACAUGGAUUGAAUAUUUGUUGCAAUUGUUUUGAAGUUAAUAUAACAAAAAUGUUUGCUUUAUUUCUAUUGUCCAUUAAGACGUUUGUUUAA